AUGUCAUCCCUCGUGCACAUCACCUCCAAAGAGCAAUUCAGCUCUCUCCUGACAUCUUCUGUCUUUGUUGUGGCCGACUUCUACGCAGACUGGUGCGGACCAUGCAAAGCCAUCGCCCCUGCCUACGAGAAACUGGCGACGCAGCUCUCGCGUCCCAACCGGAUCACAUUCACCAAGGUCAACGUUGACCAUCAGCAAGAUAUUGCCAAGGCGUAUGGAAUUACAGCAAUGCCCACCUUCAUCGUCUUCCAACGCGGCCGCCCCAUCAAUACCGUCCGCGGCGCCGACCCCCAGAAACUCUCCGAAGCCGUUCGCAAGCUCGCCUCCGAAGCCACCAAAAGCGACGAGACGCCCGCGGACUCUUCCUCCGGCGACACGACCUCCAGCGUCGGCUGGGUAGGCGCCUCGGUGCCCAAAGGCUACGGCGACAUUACGGAUCAAUAUGACCCCAAGGGCCUGGAGCUGUUGAACCGGGACAGCAAGUUCGGGGUGGCGCGGACGUUGUUCGAUGCGUCGAAGCCGUCGGCGCUAGCAGGGAAAGGCAAGGCCUCGACACCGGAUUGGGUGGAAAGCGACACGGACGAGCAACUGAUGCUGUACGUGCCGUUCCAGUCGACGGUGAAGGUGCACUCGUUGCAGAUUACGUCGUUGCCGCCGGCCGAGGGCGAGGAUGAGGAGCGCGACGAGGACGAGCGUCCCAUGCGCCCCAAGACGCUGCAGCUGUACACGAACCGGUCGCAUGUGCUGGGCUUCGACGAGGCGGAGGAUAUCCCCGCCGUGCAGACGGUGACGAUCCAGCCGGGCGACUAUGAUGCGCAGACGGGUACCGCCAAGGUGGAUCUGCGGUUCGUCAAGUUCCAGAGCGUCACGUCGCUGGUGCUGUUCUUUGUGGAUGGCGAUGGGGACAGCGAGAAGUUGCGGGUGGAUCGCGUGCGUAUCUUUGGGGAGGCGGGUGAGAAGCGCGAGAUGGGCAAGUUGGAGAAGAUUGGCGAUGAGCCGGGCGAGUAG